CAUAGUGAAACAUCGUUAAAGACUGAAGAUUCUGGGCUCGGUCCUCUUCUCCUAAGCCUGAGGGGCUGUGGCUGGUUAUGCGGGCGCCCAUGCCAUCUGACGUCUCUAGGCCCUGACGGACAUACUCCAGAUCUGCUUUGCUGAGGCAUGGAGGCAAAAGAGGUCUCAGAGGCUGAAGACAGAGCUGAGGAUCCAGGUUCUGAAAAUAAAGGCCAGCCUGAUGCUGCUCAGCCUGAUUUCCCACCAGGAGGGCAGACCCCUGGCCCCACUGCCCUCUGGGAGAUGCUAGAAAGGAAGUUUCUGGAAUACCAGCAGUUGGCUCCCAGGAGCCCAGCUGAACAUCAGAAGAGCCUGUUGAAUCUUCUCCCACUAUUCCUAAAGGCCUGGGAACACUCCGUGGGGAUCAUCUGCUUUCCCAGUCUCCAAAGGCUGGCUGAAGACGUUUCCAACCAACUUGCCCAGGAGAUACAGAAGGCACUGGUGGGAAAGCCUGCAGAGCAAGCACGGGUGGCAGCUGGGCAGUUGCUGUGGUGGAAGGGAGAUGCCGAUGCAGAGCAGGAUGGCUACCUGCUCCUGAAGUCAGUGUACGUGCUCACGGGGACAGAUUCGGAGACGCUGGGCAGAGUUGCCGAAUCGGGGCUCCCAGCCCUGCUCCUCCAGUGCCUUUACCUCUUCUUUGUCUUUCCUCUGGGAAAGAAUGAGCUUUUUGAGAGUGAUGUUCAAGUUCAGAGGAUGUUUGUGCAGAUGUUGCUCAACAUUUGCGGUGAGGCUCAGGGUCUGGAGGGACUUCUCUCUGGAAACGAGCUCCAGUCUCUUGUGAUUGCCACGACGUGUCUUCGGGAGCACAGCUGCUCCUUUUGGAAGGAGCCCACCUUCUGUGUGCUGAAGGCAAUCUCCAAGGCCCAAAACCUUAGCAUCAUCCAAUACCUGCAGGCCAUGGAUUGCAUCAAGAUCUCCCUCCAGAACCUCUCCAGGCUUGCAGACACUCUCCCUGCUCCCGAGUUGAGCGAGGCAGUGAGCCUCGUCUUGGGCUUUGUGAAGGACUCCUACCCCGUCUCCUCUGCUCUGUUCCUGGAGUUUGAGAAUGGGGAGGGCUACCCUCUGCUACUCAAAGUGUUACUUCGGUAUGACGGGCUGACCCAGAGUGAAGUGGACCCCCACCUAGAGGAGCUCCUUGGGCUGGUGGUGUGGCUGACAACCUGUGGGAGGUCAGAGCUGAAGGUGUUCGACAGCAUCACUUACCCGCAGCUGGAAGGCUUCAAGUUCCAUCACGAGGCUUCUGGGGUGACCGUGAAGAAUCUUCAGGCCUUCCAAGUCCUGCAGAAUGUUUUCCACAAAGCCAGUGACCCUGUCCUCUGCACCAAAGUCCUGUCAUCCAUCAGGACCAUGUGGGCCUGGAACGCCCGCAACUUCUUCCUGCUGGAGUGGACCCUGCAGCCCAUCUCGCAGUUCGUGGAGAUCGUGCCCCUGAAGCCGACCCUGGUGCAGAUGCACUUCUUCCAGCUGCUGGAGGUCCUGGUGUUUGAGCUGCAUUACGUGCCCCAUGAGAUCCUGCGGAAGGUGCAGCGCCUGAUCCAGGAGAGCCCAGAGCCGCUCGUCGCCCUCGUGGCCUUGAAAACUGUCCUCAGGAUCGCCGGUGGGGACCCGCUCUUCACUGACAUCUUCCGGGACUCGGGGCUCCUGGGCCUGCUGCUAGCCCAGCUACGGAAGCAGGCCAAGAUCCUGAGGAAGUCAGGAAACAAAGAGUCCAAUCCUGGAGUUCAGGAUAUAGAAAGAGAACUGACUUGUGUGAUGCUGAGAACUGUGGUCACGCUUCUGAAAGGAUCAGUUCGGAAUGCAGUUGUCCUGAAAGACCACGGCAUGGUGCCCUUCAUCAAGAUCUUCCUGGACGAUGAGUGCUACCGGGGAGCCUCACUCAGCAUCUUGGAGCAGCUCUCAGUCAUCAACGCCGAGGAGUACAUGAGCAUCAUCGUGGGCGCUUUGUGCUCGUCCACUCAAGGGGAACUGCAGCUGAAACUGGAUCUCCUGAAGUCUUUGCUCCGGAUCCUGGAGACCCCCAAAGGCCGUGCUGCUUUCAGAGUCUCCAGUGGGUUCAAUGGGCUGCUGUCCCUGCUCUCUGACCUGGAGGGGUCUCUCCGGGAGCCCCCACUGCAGACCUGGGGGGCAGUGUCCCCCAGCCAGACCCUGGACCUGGUCCUGCACACCCUCUGUGCUGUGUCUGCAGCACUGUACCUGGACCCCGUCAACGGUGACUUCUUUAGGAGGACCGGGCUGUUUGAGAAGCUGGCAGAGGACCUCUGCUUGCUGGGCUGUUUCGGGGCCCUGGAGGAAGAGGGCGCUCCUCCGCACUCCUGGGAGGACACAAAGGCCAGGCCAUUUGCCGAUUUGAUGAGUGCGGCUUUUUCCUCUGCCAGCCCACUCCCACCCAAGAUACAGAGCUGCCUCCAGAUCCUCAGCUUCCUGGACAGCAUGGCCCGAGGCACCCUCCACCUGUGCAAGGACCUGAAGGACUCCCCGAGGGCGAGGCAGGAGGCGGUUGUGGACGCUCAGAAGGGAGAAGCCGGCAGUGACCCCCAGGGAAACUUCAAGCAGUGGCCAGACCUGGAGGACAGGACGGAUGAAGGUGAUGCUGUGAUCAUGCACCCUGGGAUCCUGUGCAUCAUGGUGAGGCUGCUGCCUCAGUUGUACCAUGAAGAUCACCCUCAGCUUUCCAAGGAGAUCCAGUGCUCCGUGACCAGUCACAUCCAGUCCCUGGUGAAGUCGGAGAAGAACCGUCAGGUCAUGUGUGAGGCGGGGAUGCUCAGGACCCUUAUGACCUACUGCCACCAGGCUCUGACCACCAGCAGCAGCCCCUUGCACUCGGGGCUCAUCAGGAUUUUUGAAAAGCUUGCUUCCCAAGCCAUCGAACCAGACGUGUUAAGACAGUUUCUAGGUUUUGGAAUUGCUCCACCUCCAUCGGCUGCAGCGAAAAUCCUCAGUUCAUCUCACAUACAUGGAGGGGACUCUGGAUGCCCAGGGUCACAGCCAGUGACACCAGUGCCUGCUGAGGAUCCCCUGGACACCAGCCCUCGCUCAGCAGUCACACAGGCCCGCAGGCCCUCAGGGCCAUCCCAGGGCUCAACCACCGCCCUUCAGACAGCACUGAGCCUCAUCUCCAUGACCUCCCCACGCAACCUGCAGCCUCAGAGGGCAGCCCUGGCUCCAUCCUUUGUGGAAUUUGACAUGUCUGUGGAAGGUUAUGGCUGUUUGUUUAUUCCAACCCUGUCUACGGUGAUGGGAACCAGCACUGAAUACUCGGUCUCUGGAGGGAUUGGGACAGGCGCUGCCAGGUCCUUCCCUCCGCCAGGGGGCCUGACCUUUUCCUGCUGGUUCCUGAUCAGCAGGCACAGCUCAGUCACGGAGGGCCACCCACUGCGCUUCCUGACCGUGGUACGCCACCUGGCCAGGACCGAGCAGCCCUUCGUCUGCUUCUCCGUCAGCCUCUGCCCGGAAGACCUCUCCUUGGUUGUGUCUACAGAAGAGAAAGAGCUUCAGCCCCUGGAUGUCAUGGAACCCGAGGAUGACCCUGAGCCUUCUGCGGGACGCCAGCUUCGGGUCAGGUGUGGCCAGAUGCUGGCCUGUGGUCAGUGGCACCACCUGGCUGUGGUUGUCACCAAGGAGAUGAAAAGAAAUUGUACUGUUUCCACCUAUCUGGAUGGACAGGUCAUCGGCUCAGCCAAGAUGUUGUACAUUCAGGCCUUACCAGGACCAUUCUUUUCAAUGGAUCCAUCUUCAUUUGUGGAUGUUUAUGGAUAUAUUGCUACCCCUCAAGUUUGGAAACAAAAGUCAUUAUUAAUAUGGCGUCUGGGCCCUGCGUACCUCUUCGAAGAAGCCAUCUCAAUGGAAACUCUGGAAGUUAUUAACAAACUUGGCCCAAGAUACUGUGGUAACUUCCAAGCUGUGCAUGCCCAAGGAGAGGACCCUUGUAUGGAAGUGAUGCCCCUGGUUGCAGAUGAAAGGGUUUCCUUUGGCCUUCAUAUAGCCAGCUCCUCCGUCACCAGCGUUGCAGACAUCAGAAACGCAUACAAUGAGGUGGACAGCCGCCUGAUUGCCAAAGAGAUGAACAUUUCAUCCCGCAACAAUGCCAUACCUGUGUUCUUGCUAAGAAAUUGCGCGAGUCACCUCUCGGGUUCUCUUCGAACCAUUGGAGCCGUGGCCAUAGGCCAAUUAGGGGUAAGGGUGUUCCACUCCAUCCCUGCUGCCAGCAGCCUGGACUUCAUCGGUGGCCCCGCCAUCCUCCUGGGCCUCAUUUCCUUAGCAACGGAUGACCACACCUUGUACGCAGCUGUGAAAGUCCUGCACUCGGUCCUGACCAGCAAUGUCAUGUGUGAUCGCUUGAUGCAGCUCAUCUGUGGGUACCAGAUAAUGGCGUUUCUCCUGAGGAAAAAGACCUCUUUCCUAAACCAUCGCAUUUUUCAGCUGAUCCUGUCUAUUGCUGGCACCGCAGAACUGGGCUUUGGGUCCUCUACUAUCACCAACGUUGGUGUAUUCCAGCACAUCCUCUGCAAUUUCGAGCUCUGGAUGAAUGCUGCGGACAACUUGGAGCUCUCCCUCUUUUCCCAUCUUGUGGAAAUCCUUCAAUCACCAAGGGAAGGACCCCGGAAUGCUGAAGUUGCUCACCAGGCGCGGCUUAUUCCCAACCUCGUCUUCCUCUUCAAUGAGCCAGGCCUCGCCCCCUCCAAGAUACCCACCAUCAUUGCCAUCCUGGGCUGUCAGCUGAGGGGCCACUUCAGCCUCCAGGACUUGCACAGAAUCGGGCUGUUUGUUGUGUACACCCUCAAGCCUUCAUCGGUGAACGAGAGGCAGAUCUGCGUGGAUGGAGCCCCGGACCCCUCCGUGCCUGCUGGAAGUCAAACAUCUGGAAAGACAAUCUGGCUCAGAAACCAGUUGCUGGAGAUGCUGCUCAGUGUAAUAUCUUCUUCCCGACUUCAUCUGUCCUCUGAGGCAAAGGAAGAGAUGUUUCUGAACCUGGGGCCCGAUUGGUUCCUGCUAUUCGUGCAGGGCCAUGUGCACCCCAGCACAGUGGUGCUGGGAUUGAAGCUGCUGCUGCACUUUUUGUCAAACCCCUCCCUCCGUGGGCGAUUUAAAGAUGGCCUGUCUGCAGGGUCCUGGGUGGAACGCAGCUCCGAGGGCGUGGACAUCAUGAUGGAUAACCUGAAGAGCCACCCUCCCACGCCUGACCAGAGCCCCUGCCUGCUUCCUGGGUUCCAAGUCUUGAGUGACUUUCUGGCCCACCAUGUUCAUAUUCCGGAAGUCUACCUCAUCGUGUCCACCUUCUUCCUACAAACACCACUUACAGAGCUGAUGGACGGGCCCAAAGACAGCCUGGAUGCCAUGCUUCAGUGGCUCUUGCGUAAGCACCACAGGGAAGAAGUCCUCCGGGCUGGGCUGUGCACUGAAGGUGCCCUGCUGCUCCUGGAGAUGCUGAAAGCCACCAUGAGCCAGCCCUUGACAGGUUCUGGAGACAGCGCCUGGGAACAGACAUUCCCAGCCAGCGUGCUGCAGUUCCUUGGCAUCGUGCACAGCACCUACCCCCAGGAUCCGGCCUGGCGGGCCCCAGAGUUCCUCCAGACCUUGGCUGCAGUCACCUUCCCCCUGGGAACCCAUCAGGGGGCCGUGACAGAGGCUACCCAGGACACCAGCAGUCCUGAGGCCGAGCCUGAAGGCAACAGCACUGAGGAGGGUCUGCAGGCUCCUGCUGAGUCACAUCCCACCCGGAAGCAGCUGAGGGAAUUCAUGCAGCUACUCUUGAGGGAGCUCUUGCUUGGGGCUCCCAACCCCAAGCAGUGGCUGCCGCUGGAGGUGCUCCUGGAGGCUUCUCCAGACAAUGCCACCGGCCAACAGAAGCGAGACUUUCAAUCUGAGGUCUUGCUUUCCACCAUGGAAAUAUUUCACAUGAUGAGUGGAGGCCAGGCACCAGUGCUUAGAGGCAGUAGAGAGCCUCAGCCAAAUGCAGAAGCUGCUGCUGCUCCUUCACUUGCCAGCAUCUCCCAGUUCGUCCAGAAGCUGGUGGAGAAGCUGUACAGUGGAAUAUUCUCAGCAGACCCCAGGCACAUCCUUCUCUUCAUCACGGAGCACAUAAUGUUGGUCAUCGAGAACGCCUCUUCUCAGAGAGACGCUGUCAUCGGUGCUCUAUACAGCAGUUUAAAUAAAGUCAUUCUUUAUUGCCUCUCCAAGCCCCAGCAGUCCCUCUCCGAAUGCCUCAGCCUUCUCAACAUCCUGGGAUUUCUUCAGGAACACUGGGACAUUAUCUUUGCCACCUAUAAUUCUAACGCCAGCUUCCUCAUGUGUCUCAUGCAUUGUCUUCUGCUGCUCAGUGCAAGAAGUUAUCCAGAAGGAUUUGGAUUGGAACCCAAGCAUAGAAUGACUCCUUAUCAUCAAGUCUUUCUUUCUCCAAAUGAAGAAGUGAGAGAAAAAAGAGAAGACUUCCCAAGCUUGAGCAAUGUCCAGCACAACAUCCAAAAGACUGUUCAGGCUCUCUGGCAGCAGCUCGUGGCACAGAGACGGCAGGAGCUGGAGGAUAACUUCAAGAUUGAUCUUUCUGUGAAACCUGGAGAGAGUGAAGUGAAGAUUGAGGAGGUCACCCCACUCUGGGAAGAGAUGAUGCUCAAGGCCUGGCAGCAUUACCUAGCAUCUGAAAAGAAGUCACUGGCCAGUCGCUCAAGUGUCGGACACCACAGCAAAGUCCCUUCGUGGAGUGGAAGCUUGUCCUCAGCCAUGAGGCUGAUGCCCGGGCGGCAGACCAAGAACCCUGAGUGCAAAGCAGAGCCCUUUGGUCAUGCAGGCAGCUGUGUUCCAACACCAUAUGCAGAAUGGAGCUUCCCAGGGCAGCAAAGCAUCCUGGUGGUGGAGGACUUCAUGUCAUGUAUCGAGAACUACAGACGAAAAGGACAGGAGCUAUAUGCAUCUCUAUACAAAGAUCAUGUACAGAGGCGGAGAUGUGGCAGAAUCAAGGCAGCCAACGCCUGGGCCAGGAUCCAGGAGCAGCUUUUUGGGGAGCUGGGCUUGUGGCGUCAGAUGGCAGAAGCCACACCCUGCUCCCGGUGGGAACUGGACUGGAGAGAAGGACCAGCUCGCAUGAGGAAACGUAUCAGACGCUUGUCUCCGCUGGAGGCCCUGAGUCGAGAAAGGCUCAAGGAGAGUCAGGACAGAAAUGGUGAUAUUUGUCAGUUAAAUGCUGAAAACCAAGAUGAAGUGACACCAAAGGAAGCUGAGAGCGAGAGAGAUGAGGCAGUAGACUGCACCCGGCUGACCUUCUUCCCCGCCUUACAUGAAAGCCUGCACUCUGAAGAUUUCUUGGAACUGUGUCGGGAGAGACAAGUCAUUUUACAAGAGCUUCUUGAUCAUGAAAAGGUGACACAGAAGUACUCCCUGGUCAUCGUGCAGGGUCACCUGGUCUGCGAAGGGCUCCUGCUCUUUGGCCAGCAGCACUUCUACAUCUGCGAGAACUUCACACUCUCUCCCGUGGGUGAUGUCUACUGCACCCGCCACUGCUUAUCCAACAUUAGCGAUCCGUUCAUCUUCAACAUGUGCAGCAAAGACAGGUCCUCCGACCAUUACUCGUGCCAGCGCCACAGCUACGGUGACCUCAGGGAGCUCCGGCAGGCGCGCUUCCUCCUGCAGGACAUUGCCCUGGAGAUCUUUUUCCGAAACGGAUAUUCCAAGUUUCUUGUCUUCCACAACAGUGAUCGGAGUAAGGUCUUCAAAAGCUUCUGCUCUUUCCAACCCGGCUUGAAAGGAAAAGGCUUCACGGAGGACCCGCUCAACCUAAGGAGAUACCCCGGCUCCGACAGGACCAUGCUGCAGAAAUGGCAGAAAAGGGACAUGAGCAAUUUCGAGUAUCUCAUGCACCUCAACACGCUGGCCGGGAGGACCUACAACGACUACAUGCAGUAUCCAGUGUUUCCCUGGGUCCUGGCUGACUAUAGCUCGCAGACAUUGAACUUGAUGAAUCCCAAGACUUUCCGGGAUCUUUCGAAGCCCAUGGGGGCUCAGACCAAGGAAAGGAAGCUGAAAUUCAUCCAGAGGUUUAAAGAAGUUGAGAAGACUGAAGGAGACAUGACCGUCCAGUGCCACUACUGCACUCAUUACUCCUCGGCCAUCAUUGUUGCCUCCUUCCUGGUCCGGAUGCCUCCCUUCACCCAGGCCUUCUGCUCUCUGCAGGGUGGAAGCUUUGAUGUGGCGGAUAGAAUGUUCCACAGCAUGAAGAAAGCAUGGGAGUCAGCCUCCAGAGAGAACAUGAGUGACGUCAGGGAGCUGACCCCGGAGUUCUUCUACCUGCCCGAGUUUCUGACCAACUGCAACGCCGUGGAGUUUGGCUGCAUGCAGGACGGGACAGCACUGGGGGACGUGCAACUCCCUCCCUGGGCUGAUGGGGACCCACGGAAAUUCAUCAGCCUGCAUAGACAAGCUUUGGAAAGUGACUUUGUCAGUGCCAACCUGCACCACUGGAUAGACCUCAUCUUUGGGUACAAGCAGCAAGGGUCAGCCGCAGUGGAGGCUGUUAAUAUCUUCCACCCCUACUUCUACGGUGACAAAAUGGACCUCAGCAGCAUCAGUGACCCCCUGAUCAGAAGCACCAUCCUGGGGUUCGUCAGCAACUUUGGACAAGUGCCCAAACAGCUCUUUACUAAACCCCACCCGGCCAGGACCACUGCAGGGAAGGCUUCCCCUGGAAAGGACGCCUCCACACCUGUGAGCGUGCCCGGUCACCCACAGCCCUUUCUCUACAGCCUGCCGUCGCUGAGACCCUCCCAGGUCACAGUCAAAGAUAUGUACCUUUUCUCUCUAGGCUCGGAAUCCCCCAAAGGAGCCAUCGGCCACAUUGUUCCUACGGAGAAGACCAUCCUGGCCGUGGAGACGAACAAGAUGCUGCUGCCUCCUCACUGGAGCAGGACCUUCAGCUGGGGCUUUGACGACUUCAGCUGCUGCCUGGGCAGCUACGGCUCUGACAAGAUCCUGAUGACGUUCGAGAACUUGGCCGCCUGGGGCCGCUGUCUGUGUGCCGUGUGCCCGUCCCCCACGACCAUCGUCACUUCUGGGACCAGCGCCGUGGUGUGUGUGUGGGAACUCAGCAUGGCCAAAGGUCGCACCACAGGCCUGCACCUCAAGCAGGCCUUGUAUGGACACACACAGGCUGUCACAUGCCUGGCAGCAUCGGUAACCUUCAGCCUCCUGGUGAGUGGCUCCCAAGACUGCUCAUGUAUCCUGUGGGACCUGGACCACCUCAGCCGUGUAGCCUGCCUGCCCACCCACAGGGAGAGCAUAUCUGCCGUUGCCAUCAGCGAUGUGUCGGGCACCAUCGUCUCCUGUGCGGGAGCCCACUUGUCCCUGUGGAGUGUCAACGGACAACCCUUGGCCAGCAUUACCACGGCCUGGGGCCCAGGAGGAGUCAUAACCUGCUGCUGCGUGAUGGAGGGGCCAGCAUGGGACACGAGCCAUGUCAUCAUCACAGGGAGUCAGGAUGGCAUGGUCCGGAUCUGGAAGACCGAGGAGCUGAAGAUGUCUGUUCCCGGGCAGGCAGCGCCAGAGGGGCCCUGGGCUCCACCUCCAAGCCCCAGAGGUCACAGGUGGGAGAAGAAUCUUGCCCUCUGCAGAGAGCUGGAUGUCAGCGUUGCCUUGACAGGGAAGCCCAGCAAGGCCAGCUCUGCAGUGACAGCUCUGGCUGUGUCCAGAAACCAGACCAAACUCCUGGUCGGCGAUGAGAAGGGGAGAAUAUUCUGCUGGUCCGCAGAGGGUUAGGAGGCGAGAGCUGGUGGAGGCGCUGGCAUGGCAGCCGUGUGCCCUGAGGGGCAGCAACACCAAGCAGAAGGCGCAGACUCAGUGCCAGGGGCGCCAAGGAAACCCCCAGCCUCCCUUCCGAAAGGUCCCCAAGGAUGUGGCUGCUGGCCGCUAGAGCUACACACCCUGAACUUUGGCCUUGGAUUGCACAGAGAUGCACUUCUACAAAACAGAUACACGCGCCCAUCGGGGCCCGUGAGCAGAGCACUGGAAAGCGUGGCACGAGGGUGCCAACCGGCGCACGAAAUCACACGUGACUCACUUUUCAGAGGGCUUACUGCACUGGAAAAACACUGGGCCACUUACUGGAAACUAAUGGGAAAGACUGUAUUGUUGUUAUUUUACUAAAACAACUACUUUCCAAACACAAGAGGGCUCUUGAGUUUAAAAUUUCCACCCUUUCCCACUGAAGUAUUUGUAGCUCCACGCUUAGAAAGGCCUCAGGGACGCACAGCCCCCUUUCAGAGUGUUUCUCCGCCCCUCCAGCUCCCCCGGUGGAAUCUGGCUCCUCCCGUGGUCUUGCUUGCUGUGCGGGGGACCUUAGCGUCGGGAGCAGGGGCCCACACUCGAGGCCCAGCGGCCGUGGCUGGGCUCAGGCCACGGACGCAAUGGCUGCCC